AUGGUUAGUCAGCCACCUGCCAUCGUAGGGUUACCAGUUGUGGAGAAUCGUAUGGAGCCUUUGUUUGAAAGGUUUCGAAAGCAACACCCACCAGUGUUUGAAGGCAGCAUCGAUCCUGUCCAGGCAGAGGAGUGGAUCAGUGGGAUGGAGAGGAUCUUGAACAUGAUGGGAGUUCUAGGAAAUGAACGAGUGGUGUGCGCAUCUUUCAUGCUGAGAAAAGAUGCUCGGAUUUGGUGGGAGGUGGUGGAGCAAUCACGGGAUGUUAACACUAUGGAUUGGGACGGAUUCAAACAGGUGUUUAAUGAUAAAUACUACAACUCAGCAGUGUUAGCAGCAAAAAUGGAUGAAUUUACCAAGUUGACUCAAGGUAAUCUCUCGGUGACAGAAUAUGCACAUAAGUUCGAUCGGUUGGCGAAGUUUGCCAAGGAUCUUGUACCUACUGACAAGGUACGAGCGGACCUGUUUGUGAGAGGUCUAAACCCAAUGAUAGCUCGGGAUGUGGAGAUUGUUUCUAGAGGUGCUUUCACCUAUGCUGAAGUGGUGGAAAUGGCUCUUACGGCUGAAAGAAGCGAAGAGAGAAUCUGGAAAGAUAAUGCUGCUAGAAGAGUGGGAAACAUUCCACCUUGCCCUAAGUGCACAAAACGCCAUCUUGGUGAGUGCAGAGCUGGAGUUUGCUACAAAUGUGGGAAGGAAGGUCAUGUGAAGCGCAAUUGUCCGACAUGGGAACAAUCUGGCAGUAAGGAAGAACAGAAGAAGGAUGACAAGUACGUCCCAGCCAGAGUCUUCACCAUCACCCAAGCUGAAGCUGAGGCAAGUCCUUCCGUUGUAACAGGUCAGAUCCCUAUGGCUAAUAUCACAUGUAAAGUUUUAUUUGAUUAUGGUGCAUCACACUCUUUUAUUUCUAGUAGAACUGUAAAUGUUGUAAAUGCACCUAGUGAAAUAUUUAAUGUGGGGUUUGUGACUAUGUUACCUUCUGGGGAAAUUGUAAUAUCUAAAAAUUGGGUUAAAGCAGUACCUUUAUGGAUAGGUGGGAGGGAAUUGUAUGUAGACCUGAUUUUAUUAGAUUUGUAUGAUUUUGAUGUAAUUCUGGGGAUGGAUUUUCUUUCCAAAUACGGUGCAUCUAUCGACUGCAAACGCAAGAAAGUGGUCUUUGCACUGGAAGGUGGAGAUCCGUUUGAGCUCGAAGGCAUAAGCAAGAAACCCAGAACUCCUAUCAUAUCAGCGAUGAAAUCUAGAGAAAGGUUGCAACAUGGAUGUUUGGGGUAUCUCGUGAACAUGGUCAAUGAAACCGAAGAGACAGAAAGGAGACCUGAAGAGACAAGAGUUGUAGCUGAGUUCCUCGAUGUUUUUCCAGAAGAACUGCCAGGUUUACCUCCGCACAGGGAGAUAGAAUUUGUAAUUGAUCUGAUGCCCGGGACAACGCCAGUAUCUCGAGCACCGUACAGAAUGGCACCAGCAGAAUUGAAAGAGCUCAAAACUCAAUUGGAGGAAUUACUAAAGUUGGGGUUCAUCAGACCGAGCUAUUCUCCUUGGGGCGCACCAGUGCUUUUUGUCAAGAAGAAAGACGGGUCUAUGAGGAUGUGA